AGAGAGAGAGAGAGAGAGGAUGCCAUUCAUAUAUUUCCAUGUAACUCAUUUCAGCCUUAGAGUGGGCGGGGUUUAUUUUAAGACCACGGCAACAAACGUCCGCCCAUCUGGCACUCCCUCACUCACACCAGUGCCGCCGCCCAGUGCCAAGUAUAGGGUCAUCAUAGCGCCUUGACCUGUCUUGACCUGACCAACAUGACCAAGAUGGAGGUGGUGGCAAGGGCGUCGGAGGAGCAGCAACACACGGCGGACGGGGCGGCGGUGUGUGUGGACGGGGAUAGAGUGUACGUGGGGGCUGAGGACGGCAAGCUGAAGGUCUACAACCACCACACUAUGGAGCUCAUACAAGAGGUAGCAGCGCACGAAUACUCCAUCACAGACCUCCUCCUGCUCGGCGCCUCGCUCUUCUCCUCCUCUGCCGACACCACAGUGAAGGUCUGGGACUCCGCCACGCUCACUCUCCGCACCACAACGCAGCCACACGAGGAAGCUGUGAGGAAGAUGGCAACUAACGGCGUCCAUGUGUUUGCUGGAGAUGAUAAGGGUGAUGUUCGCCUCUACGAUGUGGAUGGGCGGUGCAGUGGUACUCACGCCAUGGUGGAGGAGGUGUGGGCGCUGCACGCUCAGGAGGAUCUUCUCUACUCCGUGAGGGACCGAGGCAUCACCAUUUCCAGGCUGAGUGACACCUCUAACAAGUCAUCAGUGGUGGCUUCCAUAGAGGGGAGGGCGCCCAUGGUGGUGAGUGGUGACUAUCUCGUGUAUGGGGACGCCUCGGGGAUGAGUCUGGUGGUGCGGGAGAACAAGACGAAGGGCGGGAAGGAGCUGGGAAUGUUGACGGGGCACCAGAUGAUUAUAACAGCCGUGGCUAAGUGUGGCGAGGGCAGAGCAGUGUCUUCAGGAUAUGACAACACACUCAAGCUUUGGGACCUGAAGGGGAUGAAGGAACUCGCCUCCUGUCCCCUCCCUGGGUGUGCCGGGGCGCUGGCUGUCUCUGAGGAUGGGUGUAUCUUUGCAACAGGCAGCGGUGGUUAUGUAUGCAAGGUUAAAGUGGGUUAGAAGGUGUGUUUGGUGUGUGUGUGUGUGUGUGUGUGUGUGUGUGUGUGUGUGUUCGGUUUCUUUCUUUCUUUCUUUUUUUCUUUAAUUUUCUUUCUUUUUCUUUCUCUUUCUUUCUGUCUUUCUUUC